UUACAUUGCAUUUUAACGCCGUUAAUUGCUUAGCAUUUUUUAAAUUUACGUGUUUUCGAUAACAGUGCUGUAAAAAUCGAAUAAUUUGAUUUUAUCACGUUCGGUAAUUUUUAAGUCGAGAAGAUACAGUGUUGUGAAAAUGUAAAUUAAAAUGCACAUUGCCAUUGCCAAGACUAAAAUAGUCUUAUGAUAUUAUUGCAUCCUAAUCAAUCGAAGCAAUUGAAACUAGAAACGCGAGAUAGAUGGUGAAGUUUAUUUUAGCAGAUUCAACUCAAAAUUUCUCCACAAAACAAUUUCACUUGCUAAUCAUAAAUUUAAUCCUGGAAACUCAGUUUAUUUAUAAACUCUCAGCCAUAAAAUGGAACUGAAAAUAUGGCAGCAAAGUGUGGAUACAAUACGUUUUUAUUUACCUAACUUGUUAACUUGUUAUUACUAUAUUUAAACUUGUUUGCACGUUUUCAAUUAAUAACAACAAAAGCAAAAUGAAUAACUUAAUGUGAUAAUGUCCACUUUGUGUCAGUGUGUCACAAACGAAUAGGUAUCUAUUCAUACACAAUAAAUCUUAAAGUACCUAGUAUACCUUUAUUAGAAACCGACACACUUAAAUGAAAAAAUGUUUCAUUCAUAUUUUAUUGUGGCACCAAAAAAACUUGAUUUUAUUUAGCUGUAGAGAAUGUAAGAUACUUGUCUACAAGUAGGUGGUCUAGAAAAAACAUUUUUCCCACCAGAACAUUUAAUUGAUUUUAAAUAAAUACCAUAAUUCAAAUAUUCCUAUUAAAAAUUUUACAUUUUCUGUUAUUACCUAGGUACCUGUUAUACAAGGCAUAAUUUUAAAAUUUAACAAUGGGUGUUUUGAGUUAUGCUGUUCAUUCAAAUUAAAGGAAACAUGUAUGUAAUUAAAAAAUACAAAAAGUCGACAGAUGCUUAAAAAGUGGCAUUUAAUAAAAGAAUAAUUUGUAAUUGUUCACAACAUUAAAAAAAAUCAUUAAAAUAAUGAAAGAAUAACUAGUACAUAUUUCCAAUGACUACAGAAAAUCAGCAUCUUGUUUUCUUUGGUGCAUUGCAUUAAUCAAUAAUAUGCAUUAGAUGAAGAUACUUUUAUAUAACUGUACAUAAGUACAAAUUAAUAAUCUGGAUUCCCAGUUAAAGUACCUACAAACUACCAAACGAACCGUUACUGUAUUAUAGUGAAUGUAAUUAAAAAAAACUGUCGAUUGCCUGAUUAUUCUUAAAAAGAGAAACUUAUUAUUUAUAUCGAUACGAUAGAAAAAAUAGGGUACAUUUUUUAUUUAAUAAAACUUUCUCCGAUAAAUUUUCAACUUGUAAGCAUCUACGUCUGCGAUAAGUAGCGCUUGAGAAAUGUAUGAAAUCGCGAUAAAAACAAUUUGCGCAUGCACGUGUAUUUAUGUUCUGUAUGAUCUCGUUCUUGAAAUUAAUAAACCCAAUCGGAUUUUUCAUUGGUAAAUUACAUGUAUGUAGGAAUAACAAGAAUGGAACGCUGUGCGUUCAGCUUAUUUCGUUAAAUGCAAUUUACAAUUUGUGCGAUUUAACAUUAGUGUAUCUCGGCAAUCGGGAGGAGCGGCUUGUCUGUAUCAACUAGCUCGUGCUAUAAAAAGGUCAGAGUGUGUGUUAGUUAUCGAUCCAGCUAAAUUCAACAUUUAUUUUACUCCAAAUAACUUUUUUACAAUUUAAUUACUAGUAAUAAUUGUUUUAAUCCGUGCAAAAAUUAUUUUUAAAAAUAGUUCUAUAAGUCCAAAAAUAAAUUGCGAAAUUGAUGGGUAGUUUUCACUAUUUUAUUGAUAAAAAGAGCAACAUUAUGUGUGUAGGUACAUCAAAAAGUUAAAAAAACUGCUACACGUGAUAAUUUAAAAACCGUAAGAAAAAAGAACAAACUAUUACAUUACCAUUAGAUUUUUGCUUGUAAUUUUAUUGAAAUUGAUGAUUUUAAAAUCGGUGAAAUUUAAUGUUGUUGCCCACCGAUUAUUCAAGUGCACCCUUUCAAGAUAAAUGCGCUAAAGAUGAUUGGGAAAUAGAAAAUAAUGCAAAACGAGAUUUAUCUCCAAGCAAUAAAUUUCGAUUCUAUGUUUGUGGAUCAAGCAACAGUAACAAAAACGGCAAGAAGUCGUCCACAAAGUGGUAUGUAAAGCAGCCAACAUGGCGUCUUUGGGGAGAAGAAAGGUCCGAAGGAGCAGUAUACACAGUUUACCUAAAAAAGGUCCGGUACCAUCGUCCAACCAGAAACAUAUCAACAUCAAACUCGGAUUCAGAUGAUGAAAUAUCUCAUUUAGAAUGGGAAACUGUAAGAGUUCGGUUUGUGAAAGCAGGCACAUUAAAAAAACUCGUGGAAGCUCUUGCCACAGACGAUGGAGAGCUAGAAACAACGUACAUUAAUGUGUUUCUAGCUACAUAUCGUAGUUUUUCCAACCCCAAAGAAGUUUUAAAAAUUCUUUUGCAGCGCUAUGAAGAACUAUCAGAAGCUUCUUGUAAUGGUCACAGUAAUAAACAUGAACAGCACAAAAAAACAUUAGUAUCAGCUCUCCAUGUUUGGUUGGACAGUUAUCCUGAAGAUUUUAAGGAAUCUCCAGACCAUCCUGCCCUCGAACAAUUGUUAAAAUUUUGCGAGGAGCAUCUCAUUGCUACCGAACUGGAAGCUAAAGUUCGUCACAGGAUCGAAAAGUACAAAAGAGAACAAAGUAGCGAUUCAUUAUUUAACCAAACACCAGCGUUUGUCAUUAGGGCAGCUGCUGGUGGUACAGGAUGGAAAAAUUACAAGUUACCAUGUGUACCUGUCAGGCAUUUUGCCGAACAAUUGACCAGAAUGGAUGUUGCACUAUUUAAAAAAUUGGUUCCGCAUCAAUGUUUAGGAGCUGUAUGGUCUAGGAGAGACAAAAGUCGUUCUCAUGAAGCCGCUACAGUAUUAGCCACAAUAAACCAGUUUAACGCAGUUUCUUUCCGCGUCAUUUCUUCUGUACUAGUCGAUGUCACUUUAAAUCCGUCUAAAAGAGCUCAGAUAAUAGUGUGUUGGAUAGACAUUGCUCAAGAACUGAGGGUUUUAAAGAACUUCUCGAGCUUAAAAGCAAUAAUUAGUGGGUUGCAGAGCAAUCCCAUUUAUCGGUUGCAAAAGACCUGGUUGUCUGUAUCAAAAGAAAAGAUCGAACUUUUCGAAGAGCUGGCGAGAAUUUUUAGCGAAGAUAACAACCAGUGGACUCAACGAGAGUUGCUCAUGAGAGAAGGUACAGCUAAAUUUGCAGACACAGUGGGCGAGAACGAUAAACAAUUACAAAAAGUGUUCCAAAGACAACAUAAUCACGUUGCCAAUAUCUCAUUCGGGACCAUCCCAUAUUUAGGGACUUUUUUGACUGAUUUAACAAUGAUCGAUACCGCCAUUCCGGACAUAACUCAGGACGGACUGAUAAACUUUGACAAGAAACGCAAAGAAUUUGAAGUUCUUGCUCAAAUAAAACUGCUUCAGGGUGCUGCAAACGCUUAUCAGUUACCGGAAGAUCCUGAUUUCGACACGUGGUUCGAUUCUAUCCUCGUAUUGGACGAUAGAGAUGCUUAUUUGCUCAGCUGUCAAAUCGAACCAAGUUCGAAUACUUCAGGUGUUAACAAAACGCGAAAUAAAAAGGGCAUGGGGCACAAAAAGAACGACUCAGUGGCCAGUACGUCUAGCAGUAACAGUUCUCAAUUUUAUUACGAGAUUGAUAGUACUCCUAGUUCUCCUCAUAAUAGUAUCGAUCGAAAAUUAAGUCCAUCGCGCAUGUCCAAUUCGAGCAGUUGCUCAUCUUUACCCUCUCUAGACGCAUCUUUAAAUAGUUCCCAUUCGGGAAGUGCAAAUAAUAAAUUGCUACCCCCGCCUAAUUCAGGCACUCUAAGUCCUAGUAAUUCUCAGAAAAGUAGUCCUGAUUUUUAUAUAAUUAAAGUAACUUAUGAAACGGACUGUACCGAAACUGAUGGUGUGGUCUUAUAUAAAAGUAUUAUGUUGAGCAAUAAUGACAGAACUCCGCAAGUUAUACGGAAUGCGAUGAUGAAACUCGGCCUGGAAGGCAGCCCUGACAAUUACUCUCUAGCUCAAGUUCUUCCUGAUCGGGAAUUAGUGCUUCCACAAAAUGCUAAUGUCUAUUAUGCAGUUAAUACAGCAUUUAAUUUAAAUUUUAUCCUUCGUCCUAAACCAGCCGAAGAAAAGCAAAAUAAUGGUAAAACGCCCAAAGGGAGAUCAAAACAUAUGCCACUUGCGUAAAAAUAUUCUUACCUACCAAAUGUUCAGUGAAAAAUUAAAUUGCGUUUUUAACGUACUUAGAAACUCUUUUGCAUUGAAAAACCGCAAGUGCCAUCUUUAAAAAAGGUCCGUAUUCUUCGUAUACGUGCGAUUUUCUGAGAAAAUAAUCCAUUUUAACAGAAGUUAUAAACAUUCACUCUUUAAUCUCAUUAUCUACCUAUAAUUACACUCUCAAACGUAUAAACUAUGUAAGUAUUUUUUUAUAUAUAUAAAUU